AUGGCGUCUGACGGUGAAGACGUUAUUGCAGUCGUCACAGUUCAGUGUUCUUAAUCUGUGCGUCCAUGUACACAUAUAUGUCCUUUAUUACACUCUAUUAAAUAGAGUAAACAUCGUUAAUAACUGUUUGCAUCCGGUUAUAUUAGUCUGAGCGCACUUUGAUGCUUCUCGAGCUAGCUUAGCGUGCUAGUUAGCUUAGCUUGUUAGCUGCUAACAAAGAGAGAUGAAAACACAUCGCUAAGCAGAGAUCAAGUGUGAGUGUAAAGUGUUGUGAUUGUGUGAAAAUGUGCGAAAGAACCAUAGCAGAGUACGAGGAGGAACUUUGUCCAACAAAAGAGGAGAAGGAGCGACAACAUGAAAAACAUCAAGUUGUGUUACACACAACAGACAUCCAUCAGCUGAUUGGACACCAAGAAGAAUGUCUCCCUCAUCUGCAGGGGGACAGUUUCACUUCAGAGGAUCCACAGCCCUCACACAUGAAAGAGGAAGAGGAGGGAGAGUGUCCUGUAGGGCAGGAGGAGGAUGAUGUCAGCAAGUUUCCACUGACUGUUGUCUCUGUGAAGACUGAAGAGCAUGAAGACAAAGCACCUGAGUCCUCACAGCUUCAUCACAGUCCAAACAUCCAUCAGCUGAUUGGACACCAAGAAGAAUGUCUCCCUCAUCUGCAGGGGGACAGUUUCACUUCAGAGGAUCCACAGCCCUCACACAUGAAAGAGGAAGAGGAGGGAGAGUGUCCUGUAGGGCAGGAGGAGGAUGAUGUCAGCAAGUUUCCACUGACUGUUGUCUCUGUGAAGACUGAAGAGCAUGAAGACAAAGCACCUGAGUCCUCACAGCUUCAUCACAGUCCAAAUGUUCAACAGCCCCUUCACAUUAAAGAGGAAGAGGAUUAUCCACAGCCCACCUACAUUAAAGAGGAAAAGGAUGAUCUACAGCCCACCCACAUGAAAGAGGAAGAGGAGGGAGAGUGUGUUGUAGGGCAGGAGGAGGAUGAUGUCAGCAAGUUUCCACUGACUGUUGUCUCUGUGAAGACUGAAGAGCAUGAAGACAAAGCACCUGAGUCCUCACAGCUUCAUCACAGUCCAAACGUUCAACAGCCCCUUCACAUUAAAGAUGAAGAGGAUGAUCCACAGCCCACCUACAUUAAAGAGGAAGAGGAUGAUCCACAGCCCACCCACAUAAAAGAGGAAGAGGAGGAUCCACACAUGAAAGAGGAAGAGGAGGGAGAGUGUGUUGUAGGGCAGGAGGAGGAUGAUGUCAGCAAGUUUCCACUGACUGUUGUCUCUGUGAAGACUGAAGAGCAUGAAGACAAAGCACCUGAGUCCUCACAGCUUCAUCACAGUCCAAACGUCCAGCGGGUGUCAGCGGGGAGUCAUGAAGAGGAGUGGCACACCAGUGUGGGACAGAAGGAGCUACAGGCCCCCUCCCACAUUAAAGAGGAGCAGCUUCAUGAUGAAGAUGAAGCUCAGUCCUUACAGCUUCAUCACAGUCAAAGUGAGGAGAACAGAGGGGCGGAGCUUGUAAGUCAACACAUCACAGAAGCUGAUGGAGAGCAUUGUGAAGAUAUCAAGUCAGAACCAGACAGCAUCUUUGCUCCACUGUCAGACAUGGACCACAUGAUGUCAGACUCUUCUGAUCACAGUGACCACAUCCAAAAACCUUUGGAGAGUAAAAAUGACUCUAAAGGUGAUACGAGACAUCACACUAACAACAAACACUUUGACUGCUCUGAAUGUGGGAAAUCAUUUAGAAAGAAGAAUCAUUUUGCAGAACACAUGAGAAUACAUACUGGAGAGAAACCUUUUACUUGCUCUGUUUGUAAGACGAGUUUCUCCAGAAAGGAACGCAUGACCACACACAUGAGAACACACACUGGAGAGAAACCUUUUGCCUGCUCAGCUUGUGCUAAAAGAUUCAACACUAAGAAAGUCAUGACCACACACAUGAGAACACACACAGGUGAGAAACCUUUUACUUGCUCUGUUUGUAUGAAGAGUUACUCCAGAAAGGGUGACAUGACCACACACAUGAGAACACACACUGGAGAGAAACCUUUUGCUUGCUCAGCUUGUGCUAAAAGAUUCAACACUAAGAAGGAACUUAUAUUACACGUGAGAACACACACAGGUGAGAAACCUUUUACUUGCUCCAUUUGUAAGAAGAGUUUCUCCACAAAACAGUACAUAACCACACACAUGAGAAUACAUACUGGAGAGAAACCUUUUGCUUGCUCAGCAUGUGCUAAAAGAUUCAACACUAAGAAGGAACUUAUAUUACAUGUGAGAACACACACAGGUGAGAAACCUUUUACUUGCUCCGUUUGUAAGAAGAGUUUCUCCAGAAAGGAACACAUGACCAGACACAUGAGAACACACACUGGAGAGAGACCUCUUGCUUGCUCAGCUUGUGCUAAAAGAUUCAACACUAAGAAGGAAAUUAUAUUACACAUGAGAACACACACAGGUGAGAAACCUUUUGCUUGCUCUGUUUGUAAGAAGAGUUUUUGCAGAAAGGAACACAUGACCAGACACAUGAGAACACACACUGGAGAGAAACCUUUUGUUUGCUCAGCUUGUGCUAAAAGAUUCAAAUCUAAGAGGGAAAUUAUAUUACACAUGAGAACACACACAGGUGAGAAACCUUUUACUUGUUCUGUUUGUAAGAAGAGUUUCUCCAGAAAGGAACAAAUGACCACACACAUGAGAACACACACUGGAGAGAAACCUUUUGCUUGCUCAGCUUGUGCUAAAAGAUUCAACACUAAGAAGGAAAUUAUAUUACACAUGAUAACACACACAGGUGAGAAACCUUUUACUUGCUCUUUUUGUAAGAAGAGUUUCUCCAGAAAGGAACGCAUGAUCACACACAUGAGAACACACACUGGAGAGAAACCUUUUACUUGCUCUGUUUGUAAGAAGAGUUUCUCCAGCAAGCUAGUCAUGACCACACACAUGAGAACACACACUGGAGAGAAACCGUAUAGUUGCACUGUGUGUGAUAAGAUGUUUAGGUUUAAGAAUCAGGUCAGUAAACACACGUGUGUAACAGUCAUGGAAGCUGCAGGGAUAUAAAAACAUUUAAACAGUGAUUGUGCUAAAUGUAGUUUAAAAACACAGCAUGUUAAAUAUGAAUGUAUAUUUGAUGUUGUGUGUAGUGCUGCUCAGUCCGAAUGAGACUAACCCUAACCCUAAUAAUAUCAAAUAAAUAAAUAAAAAACAUUAAUGAUAUUAAUAAAACAUUUGAUUACUCGAAGACUUCUAUGGAAAUGCAAAUACAGAGACUCCGAUUUCCCUCGCCCGGAUGCGGGUCCCUGGGACCCUCCUCUAAAGCCAGGCCCGGAGUUAGGGCACGAUGGCGAGCACAUGGUGGCCGGGCCUGUCCCCAUGGGGCCCGGCCGGGCACAGUCCGAAGAGGCGAUGUGGGCCCCCCCUCCAAUGGGCUCACCACACAUAGCAGGGGCCAUAGAGGUCGGGUGCGCUGUGAUCUGGGCGGAAGCCGAAGGCAGGGCACUUGGCGGUCCAAUCCUUGGCUACAUAAGCUGGCUCUUGGGACGUAAAAUGUCACCUCGCUGGGGGAAAAGGAGCCUGAGCUAGUGCCCGAGGUGGAGAAGUUCCGGCUAGAUAUAGUCAGACUCACUUCGACGCACAGCAAGGGCUCUGGAACCAGUUCUCUCGAGAGGGGUUGGACUCUCUUCCACACUGGCGUUGCACGCAGUGAGAGGCGACGAGCUAGGGUAGCAAUUCUUGUUGCCCCUCGGCUCAAAGCUUGCACGUUGGAGUUCAACCCAGUGGACGAGAGGGCAGCUUUCCUCCGCCUUCGGGUGGGGGGACGGGUCUUGACUGUUGUUUGUGCUUAAGCACCAAACGUUAGUUCAGAGUACCCACCCUUUUUGGAUACACUCGAGGGAGUACUGGAGAGUGCUCCCCCGGGUGAUUCCCUUGUCCUACUGGGGGACUCCAACGCUCAUGUUGGCAAUGACAGUGAAACCUGGAGAGGCGUGAUUGGGAAGAAUGGCCGCCCGGAUCUGA